AUGACCACACCGAAAGCAGACAUCGUCAUUUCUAUCAAACCGGAGCAUAUGGCAGACAUCGUCGCUCGGACGAAAGAUCACGAGUUUAGGAAGUACGUAAUGCCCUCAACGGUGAAGCGCUGGUGGUUUUACGUCUCCUCGCCUGACAAGACCCUGCGCUACGUGGCCGUUAUGUCCCGUGCCAAGGGGGCAGGUGAGCUGACCACAGAUGGGCUGGGCAACACCGCCUUCAACGCUGGUGAGAUGGAAGGUCAUUACGCGUAUGAAGUUGAACAGCUGUAUAAGCUCACUAAUCCGUGGUCGUCUGCUCAGCUCCAGCAGACAUUCGGGAUCUCCCCACCGAGAAAGUACGUGUUCGUCAAGACCAAGUUGCGGGAGGCGUGUCCGCUGGAUGAACAGACUCGUGUUUUCUGA